AUGUCGACUUCGUCUGUAUCAAAGGGCUGCUUUGUGUUCAAACCUAGCGCGAAGAAGAAGAAGACUCUAGAUCUGGGAAGUUACUUCAGCCGAGGCUGCGAGAGCUCAGAGAGCAGCGACACACGAUUCAGGCUCUGUCACGACCUGUGGGACAGAAUCAAGACUGACACAGAGGAUGAACUCAACAGGAAAAUAUUGGACAGCUUGCUGGAGUUCACCAGGAAGUGCUCCCUAACUCGUCAACACAGUGACUGGAUGUCCCAGAUGAGAUGCAGUGAAAUUCCCACAGCCGCCCUUAUGUUGGGUGUGAACAUCCCAGACCAUGACAUGACUUUCCAGAGUUUGUCCGACCAACUUCAACAGUCUGUUACUCCUCAUGUUGUCUCUGUGCAGGCUAAAGAGUGUGCAGCGUUGAAACAUUUGAUGAAGAAGGUCCUGGAGAGACUGACGGACACAGUUGUUGCCUUGGACGAUGAGGAUGAGGAGGCAGCUGAGCAGAGUGCUGCCUCCCUCCAAAAGGGCGUGCACUGCUCGCUCAGUGCGCUCUGCGACUGGUACAGCUCAAAAACAAAGAAGUCCAACACUCCAGGGAAGAAGCGCAGUUCCUCUGCGAUGGAGGAGCAGCAGCAGCCUCCUGUUGUGGUCAUCUUCAAAGAUUUGGAAGCUUUUAACCCAAAAGUUCUUCAGGACUUCAUACUCAUCUGCAGCCGCUACAUCGAGCGACUUCCACUAAUGUUCAUCUUUGGGAUCGCCACGUCACCCAGCACCAUCCAGCACAUGCUGCCCCACUCGGUGUCCUCCCUGCUCUGCAUAGAGCUCUUCCAGUCCCUGUCCUGCACGCAGCACCUCGCCACAGUCAUGGACAAGUUGGUCCUCACAUCCCAUUUCCCCUUUAAACUCAGUGGGAAAGUGAUGCAGGUGCUGAUGAGCAUCUUCCUGUACCACGACUUCUCGGUCAGGAACUUCAUUAAGGGGCUGCAGCUGGCCCUGUUGGAGCACUUCCACUCGCAGCCUCUCAGUGUGCUGUGCUGCAAAAAGAAGGAAGCCCUCCUGAAUGUGAUGCAGCUGAGUGACAGCAACGUGGAAAGAAUCAGGCAGCUGCCGUCCUUCAAGAGGUUUAUAGAGAAGCAAGAAAAAGAGGAGCAGGUCCACCUCAUGACGGAUGACGCCUAUUUAAAGGAGAUCUGUUGUAGACUGAUAAAGGACCUUCACAAGUACCACAAGAACUAUUAUCCCAUCCUGAGGGAGCUCCAUUUGAUAUGUCUAGAAAAUAAUGUGUGGGAAACUGAGGAUUACCAGUCUGCCAUGAAGCUGUUGAGGAUGCUGGCUAAAGAUGAGCUGAUUACGCUGCUCCAGAGGUGUGCUGAGAUACUGCAUGUUAAGUCAAAGAAGAUGAAGAAAACUCUUGUCCAGAUGGAGGAACUGCUCGCCAAAUUCAAGCAGCUGGACCCUGCCUCUGAAAUGGGCUCCAGUGCGGAGGACUGCAUUAUCUCCCCAGUGAAAAAUCUUCAGAAGAAGACGGAUCUGUUUCAGCUUCAGAAAACUCUGCUGGAGAUGAACGAGUCUCGUCGAUCAAAGAAACUGAGUCCGUUCGAGACUCUGAGGAAUGAAGCUCUGGAUUUUAUUGAGACGUUGGUGAAGAGCCAUCUGCCUCCACCGGAGUCCCAGACUCUGUGGGAGGUGUGCUACUACAGCUCGUCUGCCACCGUCAGACGCCACCUCAACGCCACGCCCCGCACCUCCAUCCAGGCGGCGCUCAGCAACCCCUUCUGCUACCUUCAGAAUGACAGCUUGAAGGCCGAAGAUGGAACCGUGUCCAACGCGGCUCCCGAUAUCUGCAUCACGUACAAGCUCCACCUGGAGUGUGGAAGGCUGAUCAACCUGUAUGACUGGUUAGAAGCCUACGCCACAGUGGUUUCUGCUGCUGAGGGCAUCGAUCCGGACUCGGAUAGCUUCGGGAAGGUGGAUGAAGUCAAACAUGCUCGGUUUAUCCGAGCUGUGUCAGAGCUGGAAUUUCUGGGUUUUGUCAAGUCGACCAAGCAGAAGACAGACCACGUGGCCAGACUCACCUGGGGAGGCUGCUGA